AUGCGGCUCCCACGCCCACUGCUCGGCGCGCCUUCGCCGCUGAAAUGCCUCGUUCUGGCCCUGCCCCUCCUCGCAUCGUCGCCAGCUCGCGCCGCUGACGUCGGCAUCGAAGUCACAAAGCCUACGUCCUGCUCGCGGAAAACGCAGCCGGGCGACAGCAUCGAGGUGCAUUACCGCGGCUCGCUGCAGAGCGACGGCAGCGUGUUUGAUGAGAGCUACAAACGCGGCAAGCCCUUCUCAUUCACGCUCGGCGCCGGCCAGGUCAUCCAGGGCUGGGACCAGGGCUUGCUGGACAUGUGCAUCGGCGAGGGCAGGAAACUGACCAUCCCGCCCGAGCUGGGUUACGGCAGGAGUGGCAACGGGCCCAUUCCGCCGUCCUCGACGUUGAUCUUCGAGACGGAACUUAUGGGCAUCGAGGGGGUGGAUCCGAAUGAUGAACCAGAGGGCCCACCACCCGACCGCCCACCGCCCCCGCAUGGCGGCAAGGACGGGCCAAAGCACCCCCCGCCGGACGAUAAUGGCGAGUGCCGGUUGCUUGGGCCUUUUGCGCUGUUGAUCCAGGGCGCGCUGGGGCUGUUGGCCCUGCUGUCGUUGGUGUGGAAGAGGUACCGCGAGAGGCCGAGGCGCCCAGUCAAGGUUUGGGCUUUCGACGCUUCAAAGCAGGUUGUUGGGUCCAUGAUGUUGCACCUGGCGAACCUGUUCAUGUCAAUGCUUUCUUCGGGUAAUUUCAGUGUUGCUGAGGAGCGCCUGGAAAAGCACAAGCCCGGAUUUGCGCAGGACAAGGAGAUGCCGAACCCGUGCUCCUUCUACCUCCUUAACCUCGCUAUUGAUACCACGAUCGGCAUCCCCAUUCUCGUAGGACUGCUCCGCGUGCUGCACGCCCUAUUCUUGCGGACACCGCUUGCGAACCCUCCCGAGUCUAUCAAAUCGGGCCACUAUGGGCAGCCGCCGCGGACGAAGUGGUGGCUGAAGCAGUGCUUUAUCUACUUCCUCGGCCUGUUCGGCAUGAAGUUUUGCGUUUUCGUCAUCUUUUCCCUAUUGCCCUGGCUGGGUUGGGUGGGCGACUGGGCGCUACGCUGGACCGAAGGCAACGAGGCAUUGCAGAUCGCCUUCGUGAUGCUCAUCUUCCCUCUCAUCAUGAACGGCAUGCAGUACUACAUUAUCGAUUCUUUCAUCAAGGACCCGGUUGGAGACGAGUCACACAGCCAGCUACGCUCUGGCGACGGAUCGGAAGACGACGAGGAGCGGAGGCACUUAAGGCACAGCAUGGACGACGACAGCGACGACGAUGACGAUUACACGUUGGGAAGAGAGAGCGUCGAGCCGCAGAAGCGACCCAGCAGCAUCACCGCCCAGGACGUUGCGCUGAAGGAGGCAAAUCCGACGCCGGUGCCUCAGUAUGAUGACUCCACCAUCGGGGCGUCGAGCUCGAGCAGCCCGCGCUCUACGCGGAGCGGGACUUCGGUAGGUAAAGAUAAGGAGCUUACUGGACCAAGGUAA